GGGCGGGCUCCGCGCCGCGCAGCGCAGCGCAGCGCCGCGCCGGCAGGUACCGGGCGGAGCGGGGCAGCCAGCGAGCCCUCCGCCCCGGCACGAUCGGCGGGGCAGCGAGCCCUCCGCCCCGGCACGAUCGGCGGGGCAGCGAGCCCUCCGCCCCGGCGCGAUCGGCGGGGCAGCGAGCCCUCCGCCCCGGCGCGAUCGGCGGGGCAGCGAGCCCUCCGCCCCGGCACGAUCGGCGGCCGCGCUGCGGGUUACCAAAGGGCGUGCUUAUCUUCCAGAGGGCUGCCCAAGUGUGCUCAAUCAUUAAAGCACCCGAUUUCCUCCAAGUUACCUGUCAUGAGGCUUGUGGUCUAGCGGGCAGGGACCCGGGACUGUGGCCAUGGCCCCGAGGAAGAGGAGCGGCCGCGGCAUCUCCUUCAUCUUCUGCUGCUUCCGCAGCAGCGAGCACCCCGAGAUCACGUACCGGCUGCGCAAUGACAGCAGCUUCGCCCUGCAGACCAUGGAGCCCUCGCUGCCCAUGCCGCCCCUGGAGGAGCUGGAUGCCAUGUUCACCGAGCUGGUGGAUGAGCUUGACCUCACAGACAAGCACAGGGAGGCGAUGUUCGCGCUGCCGGCCGAGAAGAAGUGGCAGAUCUACUGCAGCAAGAAAAAGGACCAGGAAGAAAAUAAAGGAGCCACCAGCUGGCCGGAGUUCUACAUCGAUCAGCUGAACUCCAUGGCUGCUAGAAAAUCUCUGAUCGCCUUGGAGAAGGAAGACGAGGAGGAGAGAAAUAAAACAAUCGAGAGUUUGAAGACUGCCCUGAGGACAAAACCAAUGAGGUUUGUGACCCGGUUCAUCGACCUGGAUGGUUUAUCAUGUAUCCUCAACUUCCUCAAAAGCAUGGACUAUGAGACAGCAGAGUCUCGCAUACAUACCUCGCUCAUUGGAUGUAUAAAAGCACUAAUGAACAACUCCCUGGGCAGGGCCCACGUCCUGGCCCACCUGGAGAGCAUCAAUGUAAUUGCUCAGAGUCUGAGCACAGAGAAUAUUAAGACAAAGGUGGCAGUGCUGGAAAUCAUGGGCGCCGUGUGCCUGGUUCCCGGGGGCCACAAGAAGGUACUGGAGGCCAUGCUGCACUACCAGAAAUAUGCCAGUGAAAGGACUCGUUUUCAGACGCUGAUCAACGACCUGGACAAGAGCACGGGCCGGUACCGAGAUGAAGUGAGCCUCAAGACAGCCAUCAUGUCCUUCAUCAACGCCGUCCUCAGCCAGGGCGCAGGCGUGGAAAGCCUGGAUUUCAGACUCCAUCUGAGAUAUGAGUUCCUCAUGCUCGGCAUCCAGCCAGUCAUUGAUAAGCUAAGACAGCACGAAAAUUCUACCCUGGACCGGCACUUAGAUUUCUUUGAAAUGCUUAGAAAUGAAGAUGAACUGGAGUUUGCCAAAAGAUUUGAGCUGGUCCACAUUGACACCAAGAGUGCAACGCAGAUGUUCGAGCUGACGAGGAAGAGGCUGACGCACAGCGAGGCGUACCCGCACUUUAUGUCCAUCCUGCACCACUGUCUCCAGAUGCCUUACAAAAGAAGUGGCAACACUGUCCAGUACUGGCUGCUGCUCGACAGGAUCGUGCAGCAGAUCGUCAUUCAGAGUGACAAAGGGCAGGACCCCGACGCCACUCCCCUGGAAAACUUCAACAUCAAAAACGUUGUACGAAUGUUAGUCAAUGAAAAUGAAGUGAAACAGUGGAAAGAGCAAGCAGAGAAAAUGAGAAAAGAGCACACAGAGCUGCAGCAGAAGCUGGAGAAGAAGGAGCGGGAGUGUGAUGCCAAGGCCCAGGAGAAGGAGGAGAUGAUGCAGACACUGAACAAGAUGAAGGAGAAGCUGGAGAAGGAGUCCAGUGAGCACAAGCAGGUCAAGCAGCAAGUGGCAGAUCUCACAGCACAGCUCCACGAGAUGAGCAGGAGGGCCAUCUGUGCUGCCAGUCCUGGAGGACCUCCCAUGCCACCAGGAGCACCUGGUGGCCCUUCACCUUCUCCAACGCCCGGAUCUCUUCUCCCUCCUCCACCACCCCCACCACUCCCAGGGGUAUGUCCCCCACCACCUCCCCCACCACCUCCUCCAGGUGGCCCCCCUCCUCCCCCUGGCCCCCCACCCCUGGGUGGGAUGAUGCCUCCCCCUGGACCACCUCUGGGCACAGCCUUCAAGAAGAAGAGCAUCCCUCAGCCAACGAACGCCCUCAAGUCUUUCAACUGGUCCAAGCUUCCAGAGAACAAGCUGUCAGGCACUGUGUGGACCAACAUAGAUGACACAAAAGUGUUCAAAAUCCUGGACCUUGAGGACCUGGAAAGGACAUUCUCUGCCUACCAAAGACAGCAGAAGGAAGAUGCCAUCGAUGACACUUUGAGUUCCCGGCACAAAGUCAAGGAGCUUUCAGUCAUAGACGGCCGGAGAGCUCAGAACUGCAACAUCCUCCUCUCCAGGCUGAAACUCUCAAAUGAGGAGAUCAAACGAGCGAUUCUGACGAUGGAUGAGCAGGAGGACCUCCCAAAAGACAUGCUGGAACAGCUGCUGAAGUUUGUUCCUGAGAAGGGUGACAUUGACCUGCUGGAGGAGCACAAGCACGAGCUGGACCGCAUGGCCAAGGCUGACCGCUUCCUCUUCGAAAUGAGCAGGAUAAACCAUUAUCAGCAAAGGCUGCAGUCCCUCUACUUCAAGAAGAAGUUUGCAGAGAGAGUUGCAGAGGUCAAGCCCAAGGUGGAAGCCAUCCGUGCUGGCUCCAAGGCAGUGCUGCAGAGCAGCAGCCUCCAGCAGCUCCUGGAGGUGGUCCUGGCCUUUGGGAACUACAUGAACAAGGGCCAGAGGGGCAAUGCCUUCGGGUUUAAGAUCUCCAGCCUCAACAAGAUUGCAGACACCAAGUCCAGCAUUGACAAGAACAUCACCCUGCUGCACUAUCUCAUCACUGUUGUGGAGAAGAAAUACCCCAAGGUGCUCCACCUGCACGAGGAGCUGCGGGACAUCCCGCAGGCAGCCAAAGUCAACAUGACCGAGCUGGAGAAAGAAAUAAACACUCUGAGAAGCGGCCUGAGAGCAGUGGAAACUGAGUUGGACUUCCAGAAGUCUCAGGUUCAGCAAGCAGGUGACAAGUUUGUGUCUGUGGUCAGCCAGUUCAUCACACUGGCCAGCUUCAGCUUCUCAGAUGUCGAGGAUCUCCUGACAGAAGCAAAAGAGCUGUUUUCCAAGGCUGUGAAGCACUUUGGAGAAGACACAGACAAAAUGCAGCCUGACGAAUUCUUUGGCAUCUUUGACCAGUUCCUUCAAGCUGUGACCGAGGCCAAGCAGGAGAACGAGAACAUGAGGAAGAGGAAGGAGGAGGAGGAGCGCAGGGCACGCAUGGAGGCACAGCUGAAGGAGCAGCGGGAGCGCGAGCGCAAGGCCAGGAAGGCGAAGGAGACGGGCGAGGAGAGCGGCGAGUUCGAUGACCUGGUGUCGGCGCUGCGCUCGGGGGAGGUGUUCGACAAGGACCUGACCAAGCUGAAGCGCAACCGCAAGCGCAUCACCAGCCAGCUGGCGGAGAGCGGCCGCGAGAGGCCCGUCACCAAGCUCAACUUCUAGACACAGACAGGCCUAAGGGUCAGUUGCUGAAGUGGCUGUGGGUUUGGGGUUGUUCCUUCAGUUCCCAGUGACACUGCCUCGCGAUUGGAACAGUGGCACGCUCCUUGUCCCCGCGGGCGAGUGCACGUGUGUAUAUACCGUGUAUAUAGUCGGGUGGGGUGUGGAGGGAGGUGCUCCAUGCUGGUGAGUGCCAGCACCGCCUCCUCCCCGCUCCACAAAGUAGUUCUCCCCAUGCACAAGCACAAUGCCGCGUCCUGGAGCAAGAGAGGAGCCAAGCCCAAGCCGCCGGUUGUCCCCAGGGUCCCAGAGCCGACGGGGAAGCUGCCUCGUGCUGCCCUCCUGCUCAGAACCCCCCGGGCCAUGGCAGGGGACGCCUUGCACACAGGCCGAGCGGUUUAAAGAAGAAAAGGAAGAAAAAAAAAAAAGCAAAGUUGACUGAACUUGAAUGCGUUGUCUGUCUGUCUGUUUGUUUGUUUUCUCUCAUUGUGACCGUUCUGAGGAACUCGCCGGGCCCCGAGCUCGGCGCCGCGGGCGCUCCCGGCGAUGCUCUUCCCGUCAUCCUUGGGAAACGCUCGUUUUCCUCCUGCUGCCACCUUGCUAAAGGACAAACUUGACCCCAAAGUGCUUCUUGCUGUAACGCCACACUGAUGUAUUUAUACUUUGCAACGUUUUCUGGCCCAGGACGGUGGGAAAGGUUCGGUUCUCGGAGGAGACGAAGAGCAUAAACUUUUGCGUUGUAACUUUUUGUUCUUGCUUUCUGUUCAAUGGGACAAACUGUAUCCUCUGUCAAGGUGGGUCAGGACCAAAGGUCCCUGAAAUACAAAGGGGUUGGGGUAAAACCCACCAGCUUUCACCUGCCUUCUUUUCCUUUUUCUUUCUCGGACACACAGAAGCAGCGAUGCCAAGAAACACUCGUCUCUUAGCCAGGUCCUUUUUUGACUGGUUUGCUGUUCAUUGUCAUUGCAAAUUUGUAAGCAGAACUACCUGUCAAAUGUCAGUCCAAAAAAUGAAAAAGACAAAAAAAAAAAAAAAACAAUAAUAAAAGUAAUUCAGAGCUCUCAGGGAGUAAUAAUUUAAGGGUUUAGAAAAUUAAGAAUUGGAGAAUAAAAAAUAACCACCAUUAACAUAUUAACAUUUCUAUUCUUAAAUUAUGCUGAGUAUAUAGAGGACUGUUACUUUUUACUUUUAUUUAUUUGUGGUAUGUUUUUUAAGAAAGCAAAACAAAACCUUUUUAUACCACCAAUACUUUUGUGAUCUCUUUUUUUUUGUUUGUUUGUUCUUUUUCCUGUGGAGAGAUGAGUUUGUCCCUGUUGCACUAGAUAUUAACACUAUUUGAAAUAAGGUUGGUUGUUCUCUUUUUUUUUGUCAGAUAAUCGGUAUUACUGGUGGGGUAUGGGAUGUCAGUUAACAAUAUGUACUGUAUAGCAAAAGUGCUGUUUAAACUAAUUUGUAUUAAAAAAAAAAAAAAAAAAAAGGUUCUAAGCACCUGGAGGCCACGGGGUCUGUGUGCUGAGUGAAAGCUGUGAAAUCUCUCUCAAAGCAGAGUUGUCAAGAGCUGUGGUUUUACCAUUUGUUCUUUUCUUCAUUGCAACGUUUAACGCACUGUAGAUUUAAAAAAAAAAAGAAAAAGAAAAAAAAAGACUUUCUGAGUAGCAUUUAAAGCAGUAAUAAAUAAAGCAGGUAAGUGCAAAAAUAAAGUCCAGCACCUCAUAUCCAAGCAGCUGCAAAACCUGCAGAUUAUGUUCAAAGGUGGAGUUAAGCACUUUGCUUUAAGAAGGAGGGGGAAAUAAAGACAAAAGGUAAUGAUAAUACUAUUCCUUAACUAAAGUGCCUCUAUUUAUAUUUUUUAUUUAUGGCUGAAAAAAAUGGGGCUGAUACAAUUGAGGGAAUGGACUAUGGGGGGAAUUGAAAAUAUAUAAAAUAAGAAGGAAAAAAAAAGGUUUUAAAAAAAAAGAAAAGUUUGGCUUCUGAUGGUUUAAGGAAUGGUUGGUCACACGUGUUUAAUUGGACAGGUGGUGGGGGUCAGAAAGGGUGAUCUCCUCCUGGGGUCCCUGGCUGCCAGCACCCACUCCUGCCUCUGCAACCCCAGUGCCACAUCAGGACCUUUCCUGACAGAUUUCCUCUUGCCCUUCCAAACCUCUUGGGUUGUUGUUUUGUUUUUUUUUUUAUUGUUUUACAACAGCCUGAUUAUAAGGCUGACUUUGCCAUUUCUUUGUUUUCUUUAAAAAAAAAAUAGAAAAAAGAAAAAAUAUUAUAUCUCUAUAAAUAAGUACAAAGGCUGUGUGCAGGUAAUUCCAUGUGCCAUUGUCGAAAACUACUUUUAGAUUGGUGCUGGUGUAAGUAGCCACUCUUUUCUCUUGGGUGUGUAUUUUAAAGAUGAUUUUUUUUUUUUUAAUAAUGCCAAAAACAAAACAAAACAAAAAAAAAACUCCAUAAUAAUUUGUAAACGAAAGUUUAUGUCUUGGACCUUAUUAGCUUCGUAGUGACUAAGGUAGUCUGUUAGGUGCAAGGAUGUUAGUAGCUGUAGCUAGUGGGAAAUGCUGUGUAUUGUUAUGAGACUGUACAUUUUCUAAGAUGGCAAUAUGCAAUAAAGCAAAACGAUUUCGGUGAGUGUA